AUGGCUAUGCAUGUUAGCAGUGCAUGCUUUUCUGUUUUUAGUCACAGGAGAGUUCAUAAGAUAAGAGCUGUUGCUUCUGAAAAUGUGACCACAGAGGAUGAUAAGGUGAAACUGGGGGGUUCUGAUUUGAAGGUGACAAGGCUUGGGAUUGGAGCUUGGUCAUGGGGGGACACCAGUUAUUGGAACAACUUCGAAUGGGAUGAUAGGAAGAUGAAGGCUGCUAAGUCUGCUUUUGAUGUCAGUGUUGAUGCUGGUAUAACCUUCUUUGAUACUGCUGAAGUUUAUGGCUCCAGGGCUUCUUUUGGUGCUAUAAAUUCUGAAACUCUUCUAGGAAGAUUUGUCAAGGAAAGGAAAGAAAAGGAUCCAGGAUUGGAGGUUGCUAUUGCAACCAAAUUCGCAGCUCUGCCAUGGAGGCUGGGUCGUCAGAGUGUCAUUACUGCCCUUAAGGAUUCCCUCGGUCGCCUUGGAGUUUCUUCAGUAGAACUGUAUCAACUCCAUUGGCCUGGAAUAUGGGGAAAUGAAGGGUAUCUUGAUGGUCUUGGAGAUGCUGUUGAACAAGGCCUUGUGAAGGCUGUUGGUGUUUCAAACUAUAGCGAAAGGCGAUUGCGUGAGGCACACAAGAAACUUCAAAAGAGAGGUAUCCCACUAGCAUCAAACCAAGUGAAUUACAGCCUCAUAUACAGGGCACCAGAGGAGAAAGGAGUAAAGUCUACCUGUGAUGAACUUGGGAUCACUUUGAUUGCCUAUUCGCCUAUUGCUCAAGGUGCUCUUACAGGAAAGUAUACACCUGAAAAUCCUCCCACCGGUCCUCGAAGACAGAUUUAUACUCCUGAAUUUCUUACAAGGCUCCAGCCUCUGCUGAACCGGAUCAAGGAAAUAGGAGAAAAGUACAGUAAAACAAACACACAGGUUGUCCUAAACUGGUUGAUAGCCCAGGAUAAUGUUGUGCCAAUCCCAGGAGCCAAAAAUGCAGAACAGGCUGCAGAAUUUGCCGGUGCACUUGGAUGGAAGCUAGACACUGAAGAAGUAUCUGAAUUGCGCUCUUUGGCUACAGAGAUAAGACCCGUUACUGGUUUCCCUGUUGAAAACUUGUAG